AGUGAAUUAUUCAUGUUUGCACAUAGAUAUCAAAUUGGCCCUUCCCAGGUUGCCAGCAGGGUGGGGCAGGUAGGUGGCUUUGUUCAGAGUCUGUAAAUAGGAGGAGCAACCUCCUUGUUGAAACAGCACUUACAGGUGGGUGACUGUUUUUGCUAAGUCAUCCUGGGGAUGCUCAAAGCCCCAUUGUGAAAUCCUUCCUGUCCGGCCAGGCUCCUCCUUCCUCCCCACCCCUUUAACAGACCCUUAAGCGGGCUCACACCAUUCUGCAGGUCUCAGUCCGCACCUUCACCAUGGCUUACAUAGCCAAGUCUUUCUACGACCUCAGCGCUAUCAGCCUGGAUGGGGAGAAGGUAGAUUUCAAUACGUUCCGAGGCAGGGCAGUGCUGAUUGAGAAUGUGGCCUCGCUCUGAGGCACAACCACUCGGGACUUCACCCAGCUCAACGAGCUGCAAUGCCGCUUUCCCAGGCGCCUGGUGGUUCUUGGCUUCCCUUGCAAUCAAUUUGGACAUCAGGAGAACUGUCAGAAUGAGGAGAUCCUGAACAGUCUCAAGUAUGUGCGCCCUGGGGGUGGAUUCCAGCCCACCUUUACCCUUGUCCAAAAGUGUGAGGUGAACGGUCAGAACGAGCAUCCCGUCUUCGCCUACCUGAAGGACAAGCUCCCCUACCCGUAUGAUGACCCAUUUUCCCUCAUGACCGAUCCCAAGUUCAUCAUUUGGAGCCCGGUACGCCGCUCAGAUGUGGCCUGGAACUUUGAGAAGUUCCUUAUUGGGCCGGAAGGGGAGCCCUUCCGCCGCUACAGUCGCACCUUCCCUACCAUCAACAUUGAGCCUGACAUCAAGCGCCUCCUCAAAGUUGCCAUAUAGACACAAGCUUCUCAGCACACAGACCUAUUCCAUCCAGCCCUUAGGUAUCUUUCCUUAGGAUUCAGAAUGCCCUCAGGAGAUACUGCUGGACCAAAGCUUUCCCUUGGGAUCAGCCCCUUUCAUUGAAGAGCCUUGCCUUUCCCGUCUGCCUAUCUCCCUUCCCUCCCCCCAACCUUCUGGUUGGUGAUUCUACUUGGAGCUCAAGACUUGGGUGGAUCUGGGCCUUCACAGAAUGAUGGCAUCUUCCUAAACUGUACGGGCGGUGUCUGAGGAGUGUGAAGGGCUCGGAGCCAGCCUGCUAGAUGAGUCCAAUAAAGGGCAGGUGUGGAAA